ACCCGGCCUCAGCACACUGCCUGCAGACACCUGAGAGGAUGAUGGCUGUACAGGUCAGAAGAGUGAUGUUCCCCUUGAUGUUGAGUUUGUUUCUGGCAGCCUCAUCUAACAUUUGGCCCCUGGCUGCAGCGGCCUUCCAACUGCCGUCCUGCCAGCCCAUCAACCAGACGGUGUCUCUUGAGAAGGAGGGCUGUCCCAAGUGCCACCCAGUGGAAACAACCAUCUGCAGCGGCCACUGCAUCACCAAGGACCCCGUCAUCCAGAUACCAUUCAGCAACGUGUACCAGCAUGUGUGCACGUACCGGGACUUAUACUACAAGACAUUUGAGCUUCCCGACUGUCGUCCCGGCGUGGACCCGACCGUCACCUACCCGGUGGCUUUGAGCUGCGGCUGCGGCCGCUGUGCCAUGGACACGUCCGACUGCACCUACGAGAGCCUGCAGCCCAACUUCUGCAUGAACGACAUACCUUUCUACUACUAGUCUUAUGUAACAGCAGCGUAAAACACACUAAACAUAAACUGUACAUGUAUCAACUGUUGUGAAUAAACGUCACAUUUAUUAGUGCCAA